AUGGUGACGUCGAGUUCCCCUGGAUGGCUGAUGCAUCAGGUACUCCCCCGUACAUCCAUAGGCUUACAUUCUGCCUGUUGUAAUUGAUAAAACACCUCGUCGGUUUCCCGGUCAUAUUCUCUUCUGAUUCUGCGUCGCAGUACUACAGACAACAUGAAUUGGUUCAAACAGCAGUUAGCCAACGUUGUGGGCACCGAGGAGCCCGAAUAUGGGCCUACAGCAGUCCAACCGGUUACCAAGCAGGAUGUGCCCUACUCCAUCCUCUCCAAGGAUGAUCUGCGGUGGAAGGCCAUGGACCACACAAAUGUCGAGACCGAGACGUUUUAUUUCUAUACCGACGACGGGACGACCGCCAUGGCUCAAGUCAUCUACAGCAAUGUUGGGGGACUCCAUACUACGGCACAGUUCAAUAGCAAAAUCUUCAACUACGAAGGCCCCGGAAAACAUCUCUGGUGCUCAGACCCAUUGAAAGACUACGGCUUCGACGAGCCAAAGACAAGCUUCUACGCCGACAAUGUGGCUCUGGAAAUGAACGAGGCGGGUGACACGUACACAAUCAAGUCUGCCAGAAAUGACAACUGCAUUGUCAACUUGACCGUUAAAAGAGCGGCGCCGGGAUUUCAACUCGGCAAAGAUGGCACAACCUACUUUGGCACCGAUAAGAACCACCCUUGGGGGUCUAUGCGCCACGCCUUCUGGCCGCGGUGUACAGUGACCGGCACCAUGCAGACGCCCACGAAGACGUACAACUUGGAAGGCAAAGGCACUUAUAUCUACGCUCUGCAGGGGAUGAAACCACACCACCUGGCAAAUAGAUGGAACUUUGCCAACAUCCAUACAAAAGACUACUCGGCCGUCCUCAUGGAAUACACGACACCUGCCUCUUAUGGGAACACUACGGUUGGAGUUGGGGGCAUUGCUAAAGACGGCGAAUUGAUAUGCGCUGGUGAAUGUACCGCCGAACAUCUCACGUCCAUGCGAGAGACACCUCACGAUUGGCCAGAACCAAGGACGAUCUUAUGGAAAUGGAGUGGGCAGGAGGAUGGCAAGGCUGUUCACAGUGAAGUCAGAGGCAGUCUGCCGGUCAAGUCAGAUCGGGUCGAUGUCCUGGCACAUUUGCCCGGCUUUGUUAAGUCCUUCAUUGGUCACGCGACCGGCCUGAAACCACACAUCUUCCAGUAUCUAUCAAACGAUGAACUCGAGCUGAAAGUCAAGGUUGGCGACGAGGCAGAGGUCUCCGAGCCCGGCAAAGUGUUCACUGAGGCGACGUUCAUCUCAUAAAGACAAGAUCCCCAAUCAAGUUUCUUGUACUCAUGACAUUGCAUGACUGGAAUAGAAAUUGGACGAGGGCUGGAUAGGUAAACCAUGGUUUGAAUAUGGGAGAUGCUAUGUCCUUAGCAAGCUGUUUAAUGUGUAAUUCUUCGAUACUCUUUAUGUCGUUCUUAACUGGGCCGGUCCUCAGUCUAAGUUUUUCUUUUCCCUUCUCUUCCACAGAUUCACUUCACUUCUUAC